UCAGUGAAUUCUCGAAAGAGUUAAGGUUCGCCUGUAUCCGGAUAAUGUUAUAAAAGGAAAUCAGCAGGCUACAAAACUUUCAGCGGCAUUUUUUAUAACCUCAACGCUACAGUGCUUUUAUGUGAAAAUGCCGCCAACGAAAAAGACUGAUUUAGACAAAUUAGCAUGGGCUUGGGUGGAAGGUGUGGUGUCAGAUCAAAUAGAAAGAAUACAUUUGGAGACUGCCUAUAGGAUAGGUUUAAAAGCAUGUAAAAAUUGCAAACGUAACUGCACAAAUAAUCCACAAUGCUUGACGGGAUUAGGAGAAGAGAAGUACAUAAAAUCACAACCUACGGAAGUGAUGUCCUUAGAAAGUUCUUUAUCCGAACUACGUGAUCCUACACAGUAUGUGGGUUUAAAGAAUUUAGGUGCAACCUGUUAUGUUAACAGUUUAAUUCAAAUGUGGUUCCACAAUGAAGAUAUGAGGAGGAUAAUAUACAAAUGGAGUAUCGAGGAAGAUCCGGAGGAGAAGGAGGCGGCGUGUCAAGCGGAGAAGUUGGGAGCGCCGUAUCAUCCAGUGACAGCGGUAGGCCAGCUGCAGUAUAUAUUUGCAAUGAUGCAAUUCGGAAAUCGUCGGCUGCUCGAUCCGCUGAAUCUUGCGAUCGCGUUGUCGUUGGACACUAGAACUCAGCAGGACGCACAGGAAUUCUCCAAGCUGCUACUCUGUCAUAUCGAAGGGAAACUCCAACAAAACUCAGACCUGAAGCAGAUGCUGCAGAAGCUGACGCAAGGGAAAUACAGCUAUAUCAAUUGUUGCUCGAAAUGCGGAACUGAAUAUCCAACGUCCACCACGUUCUACGAGCUGGAUCUUCAGCUAGCAGCCACGUUGAAAGAAGCGGUUGAGAAAUACUUGUCCGUGGAACAACUGACCGGACCGAAUCAAUAUCAUUGCGUCACGUGCAACGACAAAAAGGAUGCUCGCCGAUUUAUACGUUUAGAAUCUCUCCCAGAAACGUUGAAUAUACAGUUGAUGCGCUUCGUGUUUCAUAGAGAUUCCGGACAGAAAAGGAAGUUAAACUCUUUCAUACAAUUUCCUGAGGAUUUCGAUAUGUCGGAAUACGUUAGGGCUCCACCGCAAACGCAUUUCUACAGUCUCGUCGCAGUUUUGAGUCACAAAGGUCCGUCUGCCCAUUCGGGUCAUUAUAUUGCGAAUAUUUGUAACUCGAACGGAGAAUGGUAUCAAUUUAGCGACGAUAAGGUGGAAAAAAUGCAGAAUAAAAGAAUCGAGGAUGGAGCUACCGAAACUUCGAAAGUUGUAAAACGAGGACGCAUACCGAAAGGCUUCCUGUCAUCAAAUACUGCGUAUAUGUUGGUUUAUAAAAGAGUUACAUCGGAGAAGCGAGCAAUUAAUACGAAGAAGAGCAAGCCGAAAAGAUCGGAGUCAGAAACCAACGGUGCCCACGAGGUGACGAAAGUAAAAUCGGAUUCUUUGGACGAAGGAAAACAGAAGAGCGAUUCAGUUCCCGGCGCUUCUGAUGCAAACAGUUUCGAGAAACCAUCGAAAAUCAGCGAUCAAGUGGAACAGGAAGUGGAAGAAAAAGCGGAAGAAAAAGAAAACGUAGUCGUGUCUCUACCUAAGAAAGUGGAUACUGUUUUUAACGAACGAAACGGUAAGCACGAUGAGUUCGACGAUAAAGAAAAUCAACAGAACGCGCAUAUCAAGAAACUAGUUGUACAGAACUCUAAGGUCGACUAUAAACAUUUAAACGGUGCUGCGCACAGAGCCAUGAGCUGCGGUGAACGUGAUUUGUACGAAGAGAUGGAGUUUGAAAGCUGGGAAGUGAGUCCAACAUUGCGCGAGUUGGUGAGGCAGGAAAAUGUGAAACACGAGUUAAGCUUGCUGGCUAUUCAACAAGAGAAGCAAAAGGAGGUGGAAGAUCAGAACUUGAAGAGACAACUUGUGAUAGAUAUGUACGAUAUUAUUUCGAACACCGUUUCGUGGGAAAAGUAUCAGUGGAUUUCAAGCGAUUGGUUAUCGAAGUGGCUUAACGGGCACGUGCCCAAUGACGAAGUACCGCCCAUAGACAAUUCUUCGUUGAUGUGCACGCAUUUUCGACUCGAUCCGUUAAAAGUAAACCGCGCGAAGUGUAUACCUGCAGCGGCUGCCGAUUUGCUUUACGAGAAAUAUCGCGGGGGGCCUCGAUUGGACGAAACAUUUUUGUGCGAAGUUUGCGUGAAACGCCGUUACAAAUUGCUUCGCUUCAAGAUGUCGCUUGAACGAGACCACAAAGAAGUUAGCGAACUGGUUCGAAAUUUCAAAGAACCGAAUGAAACAAGCUACAUCGUGGCUGCUGAUUCGUUAAAAUCGUGGCGAAGACUCGCGAUGGAGAAGUUCACUGAAGAUAUGGAGCAGGCGAUCGAGAACGAAGACUGUCAAGAUUCGAAUAGUCCCCGGGAAGAUAGGAUGACCAGGAACAAGGAAACUGAAACGUUGACGGAAAUUAGGGAAGGCGAGGAGAACGAAGUUAUACUUUAUUUCAACGAGGAUUUACUUUGCGAGCAUGGUUCGCUGAAGACACCGGAUUCGACGAGAAAGAUAGUGCCUCGUGAAGCUUGGACGAUACUUCGAAAAUAUUUUCCACAAUCGAAGGAGUACCUCAUCGGGUCUGCGUCGUGUUCAAUUUGCGAAGAGAAGAUGGAGAACGCGCAGAAGGCGAAGAAAGACGACAAGAUAAAGGCGAAACAACAGAAGGACGAGCUGAUUGAUCUGUACCACGUCAGGAAUAGAAACGAGAUAUUUAAGUGUGAAGAACCGGAGAAACUAUUCUACAUCGUGGAGAGAGGAUUCCUGGACAGUUGGCGUUCCUUCGUUCGAUACGCCGAGGUGUAUUCGAAAACGCCGCCCGCCGGUAUCCGAAAUGCUGUGCUCCUCUGCGAACCGCAUAAAGGACUCUUGUACGCACCAAACGUCUACAGCGAUCUGUACACCGUGGUAACAGCCGAGGAGUGGGCAAAAUUGUUACAGUUUUACGACGUCGAUUAUCCAAUCAUCAUCAGAAGGAACGAUUCCAACCUCGAGACGGAUCCAGGCCUCUGCGGAGCUUGCAUGUUGGCCAGAAUGGAACAAGAGCGUCUCGAGAGCCUGAAGUACGACAGAGCAACAAUUUAUAUAAAAUGUGUGGACGAAUCAGAAGACACGAAGACGGAUAACGAGUCCGAGCCGACUACGAAGAGGCCGAAACUAGAGAACACGAGGCCGUCGAGGACCAGGCGGAACUUGAAAGGAUCGCAUGAGCUGAAAGUCUCUUCGAAGAUCACCUUGAAAGAGCUUAAAUUAAUGACGAUGCCGAUUUGCGGGGCAGGACCCUACGACCAACAUCUGAUGCUCGGUGAACACGAACUCACCGAUCACAAUCAGAGUCUCGCGGCGCUUGGUAUAUUCCCUGGGACGCUGCUCACAUUAAAGAUCGACACUCCGUUAGAGAACGAAGUGGACGUAACAGCGGACACGAGUAACCCCGAGUCAACCUCCCCGGAAAAGGGAUUCAAGGGAACGGAAUUGGUACCGAGUUGAUUUGUGACAUCGCAAAUCAAGGAAAUAGCAAAUUGUUUUCUGGUGGGCCGUUCAGUAAUGAUAGUCGAUUUAACAUAAUAUAUUUUUGUACACGAGUUAUCAUAUAUAUAUAUAUAUAUAGAUAUGUACUAUAUAAUAUAUAUGUACAUUAUAUGCGAAUACAUUAUCGGCCAAGUGUUUGGACCUAUCUUUUAAUCAUAUUAAUUGCGAAUUACUUUCGUGCCGCGUAUGAUAAUCAUGGCAUAUUUUAUUUUUAUGCAUUUUUAUUUGUAAAACUUUGAUAGUGUUUCGAUACAUUUGACCGGUAGUGUAUAUCUGUAUAUCAAUCUGUAUAUGGACUGGCGUGUUACCGGAGAUGUUAUUAAGGCGUAAGUGCACGAGAGCUGUUGUCUUCUAUUGUUAUUACCCUAAUUUUACGCACAGGCAACGGGGAGAAGGAAUGAGAGUGGAAUGAACGACGAUCGAGGAUAUCCAAAGACAAUUCGAUGUCCGUUUUGUAAUAGCUUCAUGUUUUAAUUACAGUUGGAGAGUGUAUGAUCGAGUACUGAGGAGAGGUGGUCUCUUGAAUGACCGACGUCUGAUGAUUUCUUUAAAACAUAACUCAUUUCCUUUUAAACCAGAAGACUUUUUUUAUUCUCUUAUAAUUGUCAUUUGCGCGAACCAUUCCUCCUCAAGUUUGGAGACAAACGAGUGGAGUACCUAUAUAUUGUCAUGUUUGAUAAGGUGCUGAUAGGAUUACUGGAAAAAUGAUGUAACGGUUCGUUCGAGAGAAAGACUCUAUUCAAGUUCACGCGAUCUUGAACACUUUUAGAUUUAUACGUAUAGCACGAGGGUGUGGUGAUGGAGGAACGAGUGAGAGUGCGUUACGGUGCCGAUGUAAGAGUAUAUGGUGUGUUUUACAAACGCCGGCGUUGGCGGUUCGCUUCUUCACAUUUUAGUGAACCCGUUAUCUGCCAGAUACCUUCCACGAGAUUUGCUUACGGUUCUGUGGACUCCAACAAUUUUUUGAUGGUUUUUUAUUUGAAUAAAAGUAGACCGUGGCAGCUAAUAGGGUGGCGCCGCGUUCGUUUCCGAGAUAUUAUUAUCUGCAAUCUCGUACCACUAUCGGUGCGUAAGUAAUGGUUACAGAUAGGUGCGUCGGAGAUGAUAUAGAGGAAUCAUAGAAAUAAUUUACUGUUCGUCGUAGAAGCUAUAAAUAAAACAGAGGCACGGUAGUACUGGUCAUGUACAAUAUACAUAUUGUAAAUCUAUGGAUCAUCCUGUAAAUUUAUCCUUUUAGGUUUAAGCAUAAGUUCGUAGCCUCCGCGGUUCUUUUCAAGCUGCACUUGGAUAACGUAUUAUAUAGUUUCUCGUCCAGUUUAUAUUAUAGCAACGUAAGUAAAAUAAUAAAGAGCAAAUAAAACAAUUAACAGGACAACAAAUAUUUUUUAAAAGAA